UCCCCUACAGGAGCUGGGACCGGUGCUUUCGCCCCAGCGCCCGUCAGAGCCAAGAUGCAGGAUCAGAUCGCGCUGCUAGCCGCUGUGACCGUUCUGGGAGUCUUGGAGCAAGCCUAUUUUGCGCUGCAGGUGAUCUAUGCCAGACGGAAGUACAAAGUCUCCCCCCCGGAUACAGCAGGCCCACCAGAAUUUGAGAGAGUCUUCAGAGCUCAGGCGAACUGCUCCGAAUACUUUCCAAUCUUUGUGUCUGUCCUAUGGGUGGCUGGAAUCUUCUUCCAACAAGGUGUGGCUGCAGUCUGUGGGCUACUCUACUUGUACGCUCGGUACCAGUACUUCCAGGGAUAUACGCUGUCUGCUCAUGGAAGAUUGGGGCCCAUGUACUUCAGUGCCAAAAUUCUGUGGAUUUUGAUUGGUUUGUCCGUGGCUGGGCUUUUGGUUCACUUCCUGUCUCUGAAUUCUUUUGUGGGGAGAAUGGAAAUUCCAAGCAAACUGCAACUGCUCUUCCGGUGGUAAACAGCCCCUGUGACGGCUGAGUUGUGCGUUUAGCUCAGCAUCUCCUACAACUCCUCCAGGCUGAUAAGAAUUUAACCUUCACUUUCUCCACACUAAAGCAGUUCAAAAUAGAGCUAAAAAGCACAAGCUUGCUGUGGUUUGAAGAGAUCUAAAAUACUCCCAAACUUAUGUUCAGCCACUUGUCCCCUGCAUCAAUUCUCUUCCUUUAAUGAUGGGGAAGAGGGAGAAAGUGGUUCUCUCCCUCUCCCCACCCCAAGUUAUACACAGCAAGUUCCACGUAUCAGGAAACAGUUUUAAUCGCAAGUGGAGAAUAGAGCAACGCUACAUUAAUUUCCCUCAUUCGGCUUUUAAAACGCCUUCUCUUCCCCGACUAAAAGUUGUGCAUAUGUAUGUAGAAAAGCACAGGCUUGCUAGAGAAGCUAAAGACAGAUAUUAUUAGCACAUGCUUUUCUUCCUUCCCAUCCCAUGCACUCAGCUGAAAGUAAGGAUUUUGCCACUAGAAUCAGCUUCUGUAGGAUGUUGCUUAAGCUAAUAA